AUGGCGGAGGCGGCGGCGAGAGCAGAUAGGGAUCGCCCUCUUGACAAGCUCAUGAGUGCGAUGAGGGAGGUCACCAGGUGUCCUCUUGAGGGAGAGUCGGUUGUCUAUUGGAUGCGGAUGGAGGAUAUGCGCAUACAUGCCUCUGCUCAGGCUAGGAACGACGGCAUACCUCUCAUCGCGCUGUUCGUCUUGAGCCCGCAGGACUGCAUCGCUCACGACAGGGUCCCUACUUGGCUGCAGGCGUUAUAA